CAUACGCAUUACGACCCCAUGUAAAGGCAGAGUUAGAUAGAAUGCAAAAAAUGGGUAUUAUUGAACCAAUUACCGAACCUACGGAUUGGGUUAGUCAGAUGGUUAUAGUAAGUAAAAAAGAUGGAGAUUUGAGAAUUUGUCUGAACCCUCAACCGUUAAAUAAAGCUAUUAAGAGGGAACAUUAUAUGUUUCCUACUAUGGACGAAAUUGCAGCUAAAUUGGUGGGAGCUAAAUAUUUUUGUAAGUUAGAUGCACAAUCGGGAUUUUGGAUGAUACCACUUGAUAAGAAUAGUUCUAAAUUAUGUACGUUUCAAACAGCUUGGGGAAGAUAUGCUUUUAAGAGGCUACCUUUUGGAUUAAAUUGUGCUCCAGAAAUUUUUCAUAGAAUUAUUUCACAAACUUUUGAAAAUAUUGAGAAGGUGGUUUCCUUUCAGGAUGAUAUUCUACUGUGGGCAAGUACAAAAAAAGAACUGCAUAGUGUUCUAAUUAAAGUAUUACAAGCAGCCAGAGCACAAGGCAUAAAGUUUAAUCCAAAAAAGUGUAUUUUCGGUACAGAAACGAUUAGUUUUUUAGGUCAUAAAUUUUGUCAUAAAGGAAUGUCGGUGAGUCAAGAAAAGAUCAAAGCAAUUAAAGAAAUGAAAGAUCCCACAAAUAAACAAUCACUUCAAAGAGCCCUGGGAAUGUUUAAUUAUAUGUCAAAAUUUAUUCCAAAUUACUCAGCAAUUUGUGCCCCUUUAAGAGAUUUGUUAAAAAUAGAUAAUGAAUUUGUAUGGACUGAUAGUCAAAGGAAGGCAUUUCAGUUAUUAAAAAAACUAAUUACUCAAGCCCCAGUGUUAGGAUACUAUGAUCCUAAUAAAAAGUUAACGUUAAGUGUAGAUGCAAGUUCGAUAGGAUUGGGGGCUACAUUAAUUCAAGAGGGUCAGCCUAUUGCAUAUGCAUCACGAGCAUUAACCGAAGUACAAACAAGAUAUUCACAAAUAGAAAAGGAAUUAUUGGCAAUAUGCUUUGGGGUUGAGAGAUUCAGACAAUAUAUCUGGGGACGAGAUGCAAUACUAGUGGAAACAGAUCACAAACCUUUAGUAGGAAUUUUCAAUAAGCCAUUAUACAAAGUUCCAACGCGAUUACAAAGAAUGAUGUUGAGACUUCAACCGUUUCGUCUGACCAUUAAACAUGUUCCAGGCAAAUAUAUGUACAUUGCGGAUACAUUGUCCAGAGAUUUUUCAAGAACUAGUUGUGAUAGUAGUGAUAGUCAAAAGGACUUUGAUGAAGACAUAGAAAAGCAAAUAGCAAUGCUAAUUGAAAAUAUACCGGUAACAAAGGAUAAUUGGAAACUAAUUUCACAAGGUUAUCUAGAGGAUUCGUUAUUAACAAAAGUAAAACAAUACAUUUUGAAAGGAUGGCCUACAAAUUAUAAAGAGAUUGAGGAGAAGGUGAAACCGUUUUUUGAAUUCAAAGAGGAGUUAGUGGUCAUUAAAGAAAUAAUCUUUAGAGGGGAUAGGAUUUUAAUUCCAACAGCCUUAAAAAAAUACAUGCUGACUAAGCUGCACACAGGUCAUCCUGGCAUAAAUAGAAUGAUCAAAAGAGCUGAAAUGACGAUGUAUUGGAAAGGAAUAAAUCAGGACAUAAAAAAAUAUGUGAAGUCGUGCAAAAGUUGUCAGAAAUUUCAAAAUGGUCAAAUUAAACAGAUAAUGAGAUACAAAAAAGUUCCAAAGCUGCCAUGGGCAGAGGUAGGCUGUGAUAUAUUUGAGUUAAAUCAGAAAUACUAUAUAGUAGUAGUGGACUCAUUAUCAAAUUUUAUUGAGGUAGUAUCGUUAAGUGAUUUGAAAAGUUCUACAGUCAUUGAGAAAUUGAAGACAAUUUUUGCUAGACAUGGCAUACCGUUGAUACUAUACACGGAUGGAGCGUUAUGCUUUGAUUCUGAACUGUUUAAACGAUUUACAAAAAAUUGGAGUUUUACCCAUAUUAUGUCUAGUCCUCAUUAUCCAAAAUCUAAUGGAUUAGCAGAAAGUGCGGUUAAAUCAAUAAAGAAACUAUUUAAAAAAGCAUUCGAUGCUGGAGAGGAUCCUUAUUUGGCUCUGUUAAAUUUAAGAAAUACGCCUCGCGAUAAAGUCCAUUCUCCUGCUUCGCUUCUAAUGGCUAGAAAAGAGACUAAGUUCAAAGUUGGAGAACCAAUAUUAUUUCAAAAAAUGCCCAAAGCAACAUGGACUCCAGGAACAGUCCAAGCAAUUGGAUCCACUCCAAGAUCAUAUGUAGUUCAAGGUGAGAAAGGAGGAGUAUAUAAUAGAAAUAACAUUCACAUAAAUUCAAGAGAAAAGUUAUCUGAUAAAAAUGAAACGGAAGUGUCAGUACAGAGAACGGGUGAUAUUGAGAAUGCAAGUAAUAACUCAGUUGGUGGAAAAGAAAAGAUCAGAUCUAAUGGGAGUAAGCAGGAAGGUUCACAUUUGUAUGGCAAGAUGCAAUUAAAAGGGGAGGUGUUGUGGAUUAGGCUCAAGGAGUACGCACAACAAGAGACGGAAUAG